AUGAACCCCGCAAAGCAGGACUUCUUCCUCGAGAAACACGUUUUCAAAAUGAUGGAGAUUGAGACAGCCAGCGCAUGUGAAGUGAACUGCUUCAUGGAAGCUGACUGUGUUUCCUACAAUCUAAAACCGCAACAGAAUGGAAAACUUUUGUGCGAAUUGAGUGAUUCAGAUCACGCAAAUAAUCGACAGGAUCUAAGAUACAAAGAAGGGACUGUUUACAAAUCAUUUAAGGUGAGUUGACCUAUUCUCAUCAGUAAUUCCGUUAAGUUUUCGUGGAUAAAAUUAUCAUGCAUCUUAAAUGUAUGUAAAGAGAAAAUCAAAUCAAAAAUGAAAGAGAUAUGUGAGUUUUUUUUAACUUUUCAUGUUGUCUGGUGAAGAAGACCAUAAGUUCAAACUUUCUUUUCUGUAGAUGGAAAAGAGGAUGAAUGAAUGCCUGGAUGCAUGAAUGCGUAAAUGCAUGCAUGCAUUCGCACAUGUAUGAAAUGAUGAAUGUAUGCAUGAACCUUGAAAUUUAUUAAUAAAUAAAUGGGUGCAUCGGUAUAGAUGGAUUAGCUGGAAGAAGGGAGGAAGCUGGGUACCGGAGCGACUUAUUUUAUAAAUAUUUUUAUAUCUUCGCAGAACCGCUGUUCCAGUAUGCUUUGCCCAUCAACGAAGCGAUGCCAAACUGGCUUCACCAGGAAGGGUUAUCGUUGUGUUUGCGCAAAUGGAUUACUGGGAGAAAACUGCACUGAAGGUAUGUUGAGUAACUAAGAAAUUUUUUAAGGUAUCAGUAGGCAACGUAGGUAUUAUAUAUGAGGUAUUAAAUAGCUUUUGUGGUCUUAAAUUGCUGGGAUGGACAAGGAAUUCUUGCAGAGGACCUCUCUUGGCCUCUUGCCAUAGUGAUCGACUGGUAAUAGGUCUGACAUAAAAUGGAGCUGACUGCAUAAAAGUCGUCGGCUCAGAACGGCGGUUACUAUCAGAUCUUGUAUAAAGUAAACGAUAGUCUUGAUCGAUGAUGGAGAUUUUUUACGUUAUUCCCAUGGCUUAUUGUCAUUUUGGUGUUCUAGGACCGCCUUCAAUGCAAGUUGUUCCCGACAUAAUUGAGACUGUGGAGGGUAGGAACGUUACUGUAAUGUGUAAUGUGACAGGUAAUCCUAAACCAGAUAGGAUCAUAUGGAAAAGGUCUGAUGGGAUUCUUUCCAGCGCGAGGACCAUUACUCGUGAAGGAAAUCUCACCAUACUAAAUAUCACUACAAAGGACAACGGCUUUUACGUGUGUACUGCGACAAACCCCUGGGGUACCAAAUCAUCAUCAGUUCUCCUUCGUGUUUAUUCAGCUCUCAAAUUUGUCAUAAAGCCUCCGUCGAAUGUGACAGUGAUGGCGUAUAAAGCUGUCGAUCUGCGUUGCUCUGCUUCAAGCGACCUGAAGCCAACCAUCCUAUGGAUGUACGAUGGAACUUUUUCCUUACCUUCGGGGGCGUCUGUUGACUCCUUGAAUGCUUUGAUCAUUUUAUCUGCUAACAUAUCUCAUUCUGGUACCUACACUUGCAAAGCGACGGAUGCAUUCAGCUCAAUUCAAACAAGUGUCACCCUUCAUGUCAAAUACCCUGAAACCUGCUCCAAAGUGAAGGCAAACAUCAUCGACGUUAGUGGUGAUUACCUCAUCGAUCCUGACGGUGUUCUUGGGGAGGAUCCAUUUCCUGUUUACUGUAACAUGACUGACAAAGGAGGGGUUGGAGUGACAGUCGUCGGUCACGACAGUGAAAAUAGAACGCAAGUGAUAGGAUACGAAGAGCCUGGUGAAUAUUCCCUUAAUGUUCAUUACAGAUCUGCCAGCAUAUCUCAAUUAAAAGCUCUGACGGAAGCCUCCAAUAACUGUCAACAGUUCAUCAAAUACGAGUGUUUUCACGCCAGAUUUAUUGAAAGUGGAUAUUCAUGGUGGGUUUCACGUGACGGCCAAAACAUGACGUACUGGGGGGGAGCAAACUUAAUAACUGGUGGCUGUGCAUGUGGUUUAACUAGAUCGUGCGCCAUUGUCACCGAUGACAGAUCACUGAAGUGUAACUGCGAUAAAAAUGAUAACAAUUGGCGAGAAGACAGCGGUUUUCUUACCAUCAAGUCCCACCUUCCCGUCAAACAGCUAAGAUUUGGUGACACGGGGCAAAUAAAUGAAAAAGGAUACCACACCUUAGGAAAACUGGAGUGCUAUGACCAAGGUGCAGACAAAAUUGAAAACAUGAAAACUCGGUAACCAGUCACUACGUAUUUUAAAUAUCGGUUUGGAAAAAAACAGGUUAAUCAUCCCCUGCAUAACUCAAUGGUUGAAAAGCUAAAAUAAAGUCGCAUUGAACUUUCCUUUUGAAUGUUCUGUCGCUUAAAAAAAAAUUAUCAAAAUAAAUUGUUCUCUGCAUUCAAACAAGGUAAGCUUACAUUGCAUUUUCAAGUACUAUACCAGAUUUUUAACACUAGAUCAGUAUUAAUGCCGUAAAAAUGUAGUAUUCCGACUGCAUUUUUACUGUUGCAUUAUAUGGCGACUGCAAAAUGUCGUUCAAUAGAACUUUCAUAGACUUUUCCAAUGUUAUUUUAGUGAGUGUAAAUACUUCCAUUUUCGAAAGAUGCUCAACCAUCAGAUAAUUGUUUUAACCAUUUUCAAGCCUUCUUGAGUCGAGAUUAUGAAAAGUAAGAAUCAAAGAAAUUGUAUACUCACUGAGAAAAUCGCUACCCGGUAAAAUGUUUUAUUUUGUUUUCCCUUUCUUUCACUGGUGUUUCCGAUUUAUUUAAUUGUCGUCUGUAGAAUCACAUGUUCAUCAAUACAUCUUAGGAUCCAGUACCUGGUUUUAUUUCAGGAGCAGUCGCAUGAUUUAAAAGACGGAAGAAGGGAUGAGCUGUCAUUGACAACGGAGAAUAAAGGGGGUACUGUAGAAUUGAUUGUCAAAUCGACUGCCAAUGAGGGGGAUCAUAAGAAUAUUAUUAGAAUACAAUAAAAAAGAAAAACGAAGGUGAUCGAACAUUCUUUGUAAGAGCAGUCAAGAAGUGGAACAUGCUAAAUGUGGACCUAAAACGGAGUAGUAACGCCAAAAAUUUUAACAAUCAAAUGCUUACGCAGUCACUUAAUUUAAAUUACUUUUAUAAAUAAUACCCAGUUUUAGCAAAGGACAGGUAAAUGGAGAGCGCGAAGAAAGGCAAAUAAUUAAACUGAUAAAAGUAGAAUUUCUUGAAAAGACGUCAUGUUAAGUAAUUCAUCCUCACAGAGGUCUGGUGCCAAUCAAGUCAUAUUAAAUGGUGUAGCCAAGGAAAAAGGCUCUGUGGCAAUCACUCCAUGGAGAACACUGCCAAAUGCAUGAAAAUCCGAAUAUAUUGCAGACUAUAUUAAAGUUCAGACUGCAGACUGCAGACUCUUACAGACUCUUAUUUUGAAGUAAAUAAUCGCUCCGUUACGUUAAUCGUCGCUCCGUUACGUUAAUCGAGACCAAGUUUUGCUCCUAAAUUCAUUAACAUUUUAUCUGGUAGACAUUUCAACACUUUUUUUGGGGGUGGCAUCAAGCCUAGCAGUCUUGUUGGAAACAAAUCCAUACAUUUUCCUAGGUUAUAUACUGGGGUAGUUAACCCUAAAACUUAAGACACAGCUCGAAAUUUCGAUUGUGUCUAUUUGUUACACUUCACUUUGUUAAAUGUUGAAAAAAGUUCAUUUCUUUGUAUUUAUUCCAUCCAGUAGUUCUUGCUUGUGACAGAUUUCAGUGUCAUUGCCAUAGGAACUAUUUAAUGUGAUCAACCAACAAUUAUUACAGUGAGACUGCUACAUUGGAAAACUUGUUUCUGUUGAUUCCAAUGAAGAAAGCGUCCCAUUCUUUCUCCGGCCCCAACCACCUUUGUUACACUGAAGGCACUUACCUUAAAGACUGUUUAGAACAACGUACGGGUACCACAGGCAUGAAAGAGCCUUUAGGUUCGCAGCAAUCCCAAAAAUCCAUGUCACACCCAUCACUGAGGCCAUUUUAACAAAGAUCAAAGCCACGUUAGAGCUUUGCUGUUGCUAGGUCACUUGUCUGGCUCUCUGAAAUAACCAAAAUGUGAAUAGCCCUUGUUUUAAAAUUCAGAUUUGUUUGCAGUGUUUUGUAGGUCAUGUAAGCCGUCGGACAAACAGUUGAAUAGGCAAAGCGCAGACAGACAGACGGUUGGCUUUCAAUGCCGUUUGUUUAAAUAAACAUAGUAUAUAUUGUACUCACCUUUCGAAUUCUAAUGAUAUGAAAGCUAGUGUAUCCCAGAGAAAAGAAGUUGAAAAUCAGAAUCAGUCCAACAGGCAAAAUGAAUGAGAAGAUCUCUGCUUUCUCACAAAUCGUCUACUGGUGUCCAAAAUCAGAAAUCGGCCACCAGUGUUCGAAAGUUAAAAUUGGCUACUAGGGUCUAAAAUUCCAAAUCGGCCGCUAGGGUUCAAAAUUCCAAAUCGAUCGCUAGUGUUCAAAAUCACAAAUCGGCCUCUAGGUUUCAAGAUCACAAAUCGUCUACUAGGGUCCAAAAUCACAAAUCGGCCACUAGGUUGCAAAAUUUCAUAUCGGCCACAAGCGUUUAAUAUCACAAAUUGGCAUUUAGCGUCCAAAAUCACAAAUAGUCCACCAGGAUCCAAAAUCACAAAUCGGCCACUAGGGUUCAAAAUCACUAAUUGGCCCUUAGGGUCUAUACUCACAAAUCGGUCACUGGGGUCCAAAAUCACAAAUUGGCCACCAUUAUAGACAAUCGGAAAUCGGCCACCUGGGUCUGAAACCACAUCGGCUUGGCUUUUAGCGUCCAAAAUCACAAACGGUCCACCAGGGUCCAAAAUCACAAAUCGGCCACUAGGGUCCAAAAUCACUAAUUGGCCACUAGGGUCUUAACUCACAAAUCAGUCACUAGGGUCCAAAAUCACAAAUCGGCCACCAGUAUGGACAACCGAAAAUCGGCCACCUGGGUCCUGAAACCACAUCGGCCACUAGGAUCAAAAACCACAAAUCGGACACUAUUGUCCAAAAUCAUGAAUGGGCCACUAGUGUCCAAAAUCACAAGUCGGCCACUAGGGUCCGGUAUACAAAUCGGCCACUAGUGUCCAAAAUCACAAAUCGGCCACUAGGGUGAAAAAUCACAAAUCAUCUAGUUGGGUUCAAAAUCACAAAUCGGCCACCAGGGACCAGAAUCACAUAUCGGCCGUGAGUGUCCAAAAUCACAUCGCGUUGACGUCAUUCUUAAUUCCUUUCUCACUUUUCUUUUUCAACGAGCAACUCAUUUUUAGAUAUAAAACAAUGUGUCACCCAAUUAUUAGCCGAUGUGGCGCCUGUUAAUUGUUCAGCUUUAACACCACAUCGAAACAACCACACGAACUGGUCAUGUUGAGAAGGAAAUCUACGCUGAAAUCUUCAUAUAUUUGGCAAAGGAAGCAUUUUCAUAGACAGCUGAAUUAUAACCAUGUUCAACAACUUUUUUUCAAAAUUUUCUUUUUAGUGUUUAAAAAAAAAGUUCAACAAAUAUCUUCUGUCUGUCUAGAAUGCCAAAAUCUUCACAAGUUCUCAUGAGAAAAGGUUUGAAAGCUGUUGUGUAAUUGUUUUUCUUCGAUCGCAAUAAAACAAGCUGCAAUAGAUGUGAAGCAUUCUGUUAACGAUGACGAUGCAUCGCCGAAAUGAAGGAGAACCUACAGACAAAGACGACCAAUUAAUGAUCAACCUGACAGUGAGUUAUACGAUGCAUUGUAAUCAUUAUAAUCAUUAAAGAGGCGCUGCAUGGAUACAUGCGGUUUAAAAUAAAAUAUAUAACCUAAAUUCGUCACAAGUAUAAUUAUAUGUAAACUUAUCAACCGAGAAAUUCCAAUAUUGAACUUUAACAAGAUGGCUUUCUUGACUUUCUUAAGCAGGAAUACGAUAUUACAUAAUUCGGAAUCACCCAAAGGAUGGUAUACCUAUUUGUAAAAGGGGUAUCGACACAAAUCUUCGUAUUUUCUCCUUUUCAGUGUAGAGAGGGUGUAUUUAUCUUUAUGUUGUGUCUUAAUUAGACUGAGUGCAGGUGCUAAAGCCCCGUUGACAAGAACUGGUAACCAAAUUUGAUUUCCUUAGAGUUUAUUUUCGAACUUUUUCUUUUUUAUGGGAAGGUAAUUCGUACGUGAUGAAAAUAUCAACACCCAAUGCAUUUGAUAAACAGCAAAGUUCAUUGAAAUUCUGCUCAAAAAUAUUAAUUAAAGCCUGAAGCAAGGAAAAUAUGAUGAUCAGCUUCUCUUUACAAACAGUUUGACGUAAUUCUUUCCAGUCUUGUUGAUGUCUCAGUUGCGUGACUUCCAUUAUACUUAAAAUCUCUUUCUUUUCAGAAAAAAUAAAUAAAUCCCUAUACAGUGGAAGAAUAUAAUUUUCUUAUCUUACCUUAAGAAACUCUAUAACUUUUGUAAACGGAAAUCCCCAUAUAGCACUUGUCUAAAGAGGAACUGAAGUUAAGAGGGAAAAUGGUCUCCAGUUUCGAAAAAUAGGAAGUUAAAAUCUCUGUAAGUCGAUAUGUAAAUUCUUUCAUCCGGCUUCACUGUUUUCAGUAUUAUAUUUAAUAUAGCCACUAUGCCACCCCCUUUCGUUUUUCCAAUACUGUUCCAUUAAAAAUUUAAACUUAGUUAUUUUGUCGCAAAACACACUGUGGUAAGCAGCCGUAUUCUAAACGGAAAGUUGCCGUUACUUUUUCAUUCGCUAUCUCGCUCGUAAAGUAACAAAGAAAACAGACAAGUUAGCGAUGAAAUUGUCAGGAUUCUUAAUAUUUUCAUUUCUGGUUGGAAUUUGCAACGGUAAAGAGCAAGGUAAAUAUCACCUGACAUAACUUUUGACCAUAAAUAUAUGAUUAUAUAUGCGGAUAUAGAAAUGAAUAUGCAAGCGAUCUUCGCAGUUAUGAAAAUUUCUUAAGCAGUAGUGAAAAAAAAAAGGCCUGAAAAUAAUUCAGGCCUGUACGGGAAGUAAUGUUCAUAUCCGCAAAGAUCACAUCCAUGUUCAUUAGCAUAAACUUUAUUAAACCAAUUUUUCAAAACCAUUCUUUUCUUUUCUUUACUUUUGAAAAUUUUAUCUUUUGAUGUUUACUCACACUAGUGCUGGCUUCAAUAGGGUAACUUCUGCGAUUUGGCGGGAUUAAAAAAAUCAUCGAUCAAAAUCUCUAAGAAGAUAGUUUCUAUCGUUCAUCUCGUUGAAUUGGUUAAAAGAUUUUCUUCGGAACAAGUGUUCAUCAAUCAUCACAAUAUCUAGACAAAAGUAAUGGUUAAAAAUUUAUGGAAAUUAAUUUCAGUUUGCUUAAUUUUUAGAAAACUGUCGGCAAGUAGAGAUGAACCCCGCAAAGCAGGACUUCAUCCUCGAGAAACACGUUUUCAAAAUGAUGGAGAUUGAGAAAGCCAGCGCAUGUGAAGUGAAAUGCUUCAUGGAAGCUGACUGUGUUUCCUACAAUCUAAAACCACAACAGAAUGGAAAACUUUUGUGCGAAUUGAGUGAUUCAGAUCACGCAAAUAAUCAACAGGAUCUAAGGUACAAAGAAGGGACUGUUUACAAAUCAUUUAAGGUGAGUUGACUUAUUCUCACAUACAAUUCCGUGAAGGUUUCGUGGAUAAACGAUCAUAUACUUUAAAUUCAUAGGAUACAUAGGAUGGAUGAAUGAAUGAAUGCGUAAAUGCAUGUGUGCAUUUGUAAAUGCAUUAAUUGAUGGAUGUAUGCGUGCAUUUUGAAAUUUAUAAAUAAGUAAAUAGGUGGAUCGGUAUGGAUGAAUUAGCUGGAAGAAGGGAGGAGGAAGGGUACCAGAGCAAUAAAUUCUAUAAAUACCUUUAUAUCUUCACAGAACCGCUGUUCCAGUACGCUUUGUCCGUCAACAAAGAGAUGCCAAACUGGCUUCACUCGGAAGGGUUAUCGCUGUGUUUGCGCAAAUGGACUACUGGGAGAAAACUGCACUGAAGGUAUGUUGAAUUGAUUGGUCAUUGACAAUAAUCGUGCAUUUCUCUUUGAGAAGUCGUGAAAUUUGGAGGACCUUUCAAUUUAAAUAAAUGAGAAAUUUGUUUAGGUAUUAGAAGGAAAAUAAGGGCGUGAGGGAGAAAGCUCUAUCACAUGAAUAUAUGUGAGGUCUUAAGUGCCGCUCUCGCUAAGAGCGGUCCUCUCGACUUCCCGACGGAAAAAAAGUUUUCUUUUAGUUUUUUGCCCAUGAAAAGGGUUUAGGACACAUGUUUCAAAAAUAGUUUAGUUGUUCUCCAAUUCCCUUUUUUUGCGUCGCCACAAGCCAAAAAUGAUUUUUGGCCAGUACACCCGUGUGGACAGCGAUCGAAAGUGUAGAUUUCACAAAUUUUGUCCAGCGCACACCGACUGAAAUAAUAUAGCUCACGGAAUUCUAUCUUGCUACAAGUUUAAAGGUGCCUUCGAUUAGCAGAAAAAAUAUGGAAACUUCAGCUGAAAUAUUUUUCAUACAAGCGUGAUCAGAGGAGAGCCCUCUCGUAGACCUUUAUUUGCAUAUCAAAAUUCACCAAUUUGUACGAAAGAAUUCUCAAAAUGCAGGCGUUCAUCGAGCUAAAAAAGCAUAUCAGUGUAUAGUUUAUACACCAAUGAGGUCACUGAUUGCCUCAAACCCGCGGGUAUAUCUGUAGCUUUCAUCCACCAACAUCUUAAAAACAGCACAAAUCCAUGUGUUUGCUCAGUUGCGCUCGUGUCAAAGGAUAUUUGCAUAAUUCUGAAACUCGACCAAGAUCUCCUUUUGACCUUUCAAACUUCGUUUGUUUAUCCUCUACGAUGAGGAUUUCAGGUUUUCAUAAAAACUGAAUGGAGAAUAGAUGCCGAGUUGUCCUAAAACGUUGCGUAAACGUGAUCGGUCGUAACGCUUGCACGCUUGCGUGACUUACAAAGUAAACAAAGGUGAUGAGAAGGCGCCUUCUCGAUAAUUUUCGUCGAAAUAUCUGGUCAUGAACUACCCACAGUGUGGAGAAGAUCAAAAUUAAAGAAUAAAGUUUGGCACUCAAGUCAUUACAGACAUAUCGUGUUGCUUAAAAGGGCUCACAAACUAGUUGAAAUACGUUACAGUGUGAUUUACCAAAACAACACGCAUACACUCUGAAAGAAUUCUUGCAGGAAUUGUACACACCCUACGUUUAUGGGGAAUUCUGAAGUAAAUGGAUGUAAAUGACCUUCCCGAUUUUGUUUCCUCAGUAUGCGAAAAGCUCGAUGGAAUGCUCCACUAAAAUACCUAGAAAAAUUAAAACAGUUUCGCGGGUUAUGCAAAACUCUAAUACCACUGGUACGUUUCAUUAUAUUUCAAACUCUGUUUUCAAAAGGAAUUCUCACCUUUGUUGGUCCGUGGAGGCAAUGCCGAGUUUCAUUGCUUACGAUGGUAAACGGUUUGCCAAAAAAUUGGAUCGGUACAUUACCACCAUUGUUUUCAAAGACGGGAGACGCUACAAAUGCAUAAUUUUAAAAAAGUAUUUAGGUAUACUAGAUUACGCACUUAGAGUAUUUUCCAAGGGCUUUCCUAUAUAUGAAAUAUUUUAAAAUAUUUCAACACUUUUACACCCAGUGCAUUGCGUAAGUUUUUACAAAAUUGCGGCAAAAGAUUAAGUCUCUACAAGGCCCACACCGAAUUGACAAAGGCAAAAAAAUCAGCUAAAAAUAAUAGAAACUGCCUACCAUUUUUCGAAAACCUCUUGUUAUUUAACUCCUUUGAGUGCAAGGCCUUCUUUACAAAGCGUGUGGAACUAAUAGGAAGAAAUCUCUCGAGCAUAUCCAUGAACUCGUCUCUUUUCCCGUCGAAAUAACCCAAGAAGUACUGGUUUUCAACAGAACAAUUUUCAAGGUUUUCCUCGAGGAAGUCAAUCUCCGAUUUAUUUAAAAAAGAAUGAUUAGUCGCCACCAUCCUUACGCAUUCUAGUGUCCUAAUCAAAAAUUCUCUUCAGUUUUUAAAUGUCAUCCUUUCGCGGGCUUUCCCAAUAUUCCCGGGUUUCAUAAUUUUUCCGCUGACCAUAAUUACCAAUAUUAAUUUAAGGUGGAUAUUCAUGGUGGGUUUCACGUGACGGCCAGAACAUGACAUACUGGGGGGGCAAACUUACCAACUGGUGGCUGUGCAUGUGGUUUAACUGGAUCGUGCGCCGAUGA